GCUGACUCGGAGAGGCCGGAAGUGGCGCCGCCGUUGCUCGCAGUUUCAAAAUGCGGUGGAGGCCGUAGCAGCCCCUCCUGCCAGCCCUCCCCCUCCCCCCCGCUCGGAGGGGAAGCGACGCGUGGAGCGACCGUAAGUUUGCUGACUGCAGAAUCUUCACUGCCAAAAUGACUUCACAUCCCACCUCUGCCCAGUGCUCAACAUCUGCCAGUGCUUGCAGAAUCUCCUCAGAAAGAGUGAGUCAGCAGGUACGGCCAAAACUGCCACUUCUGAAGAUUUUGCAGGCAGCGGGUGCUCAGGGUGAAGUAUUCACCAUGAAAGAGGUAAUGCACUAUCUAGGCCAGUAUAUAAUGGUGAAGCAGCUCUAUGAUCAACAGGAGCAACAUAUGGUGUAUUGUGGUGGAGAUCUUUUGGGAGAUCUGCUGGGAUGUCAGAGCUUUUCUGUGAAAGAUCCAAGCCCUCUUUAUGAUAUGUUGAGAAAGAAUCUUGUCACGUCAGCCUCUGUUAACACAGAUGCUGCUCAGACUCUCGCUCUCGCACAGGAUCACAGUAUGGAUAUUCCAAGUCAAGACCAACUGAAGCACAGUGCAUCAGGAUGCUCCAGUUCCAGAAAAAGAAAUGAAGAAGAUGAUACGUAUACACUGCCUACCUCACAACGUAAACGCAGAGAUUCUAGAGGAGAUGAAGACUUAAUAGAACAUUUAACUCAAGAUGAGACAUCUAGGCUGGACCUUGACUUUGAGGAGUGGGAUGUCGCUGGCCUGCCAUGGUGGUUCUUAGGGAACUUGAGAAACAACCAUAUACCUAGAAGUAAUGGCUCGACUGACUUACAGACCAAUCAGGAUGUAGGUACUGCCAUUGUUUCAGACACUACGGACGAUUUGUGGUUUUUAAAUGAGUCAGUGUCAGAGCAACUAGGUGUUGGAAUAAAAGUUGAAGCUGCUAAUUCUGAGCAAGCAAGUGAAGUAGUGAAAGCAAGUGACAAAAAGAUGAUUGGAGUGGGAAAAGAUGAUGAUCUUGAGGACCCUAAGUCCUUGAGUGAGGAUACUGAUGUGGAACUAACCUCUGAGGAUGAGUGGCAGUGUACGGAGUGCAAGAAGUUUAAUUCUCCAAGCAAGAGGUACUGUUUUCGUUGCUGGGCCUUGCGGAAGGAUUGGUAUUCAGAUUGUUCUAAGUUAACUCAUUCUCUCUCCACAUCUAAUAUUACUGCCAUACCUGAAAAGAAAGAGAACGAAGGAAUUGAUGUCCCCGAUUGUCGGAGAACCAUUUCAGCUCCAGUUGUUAGGCCUAAAGAUGUAUAUUUAAAGGAAGAAAAUACCAAGUUUGCCCCUUGUAACUCAGUGGAAUUUUUGGAUUUGGCUCAUAGUUCUGAAAGCCAAGAGACCGUCUCAAGCACGAGAGAGCAAGCAGAUAUCCUUUCCGAGCAGAAAACGGAUACAGAGACUAUGGAAGAUUGUCAAAAUAUCUUGAAGCCGUGCAGCUUAUGUGAAAAAAGGCCUCGGGAUGGGAACAUUAUUCAUGGGCGGACAGGCCAUCUGACGACUUGUUUCCCCUGUGCCAGAAGACUAAAGAAGGCUGGGGCUCUAUGUCCUGCUUGUAAGAAAGAGAUUCAAUUGGUUAUUAAAGUGUUUAUAGCAUAGCUGAAUCAUUUGCAGAGAAAUACUAGGACCAGGUCAUUGCUUAAAAAUCAGUAUUCUUAGAGGUAGGAGCAGAAGAUCGCCAAUUUUGAUGCCAGUCUGAGCCAUAUAGUGAGACCUUGUUUUUCAAAGCAUCAGUAUUGAGCAUUUUUUAUGAGUGUGACCCAUUGUAUGUGUUUGUUUAUAUAAACAAUAUAAAUAUAAACAUAGCAUAAUAUAUGGAAUUUCAGAAGGUCAGUUUGAGGGUUUCAUUAACAUGACAAGAUAGGUACAUCACUGUGUUCUCCUAAAUCUCAAAUCUGAGAGGGAAUAAUAUCAAUAGAAACAUAACAAUGCAUUUUUUUAUUCACUUGGCAAAUUAUUGCAAGAGCAUAACAUUAGUUGACUUGUUUCUCUACCCUGCUGUUAUUUAAUGUUCUUGGGGCAUCAAAAUCUAAGGUAAUUAUUAGAAAAAUACUAGGGCCAACACUGAAGAAACAAAUUGAUUAGUUACUCAUUGUAUAGCCAAGGACGACCUUCAGCUCCUGAUUCCCCCUUCGUUUCUAUCUACGUGCUAUGCUUACAGGCUGUCCUACUAUGCCCAGCUGAAAUCUCUCAGCUUUAGAUCAAAUGAAUAACAGGAGUGUACAUCUCUGCACAGCCUUCUCAAAGAGAAGGUACAGAUUUUGUAGUCAGCACUUUGUGUUUGUCUCCUGGAAGCUGGCCAGAUAUUUUUGUACUCGGCCUCUAGAGUUGUUCACACUCUGAGGCAAUGGCCUAUGGUAGGGUUUGAACAAGUGGAGAGAAGAGAGAGUGUAGCAUCUGUGAAAAGGGAGGGAAACAAAUUGAUCUUUAAUUCUGCUUAGUCCUUUUAGACCACAUCAAUUUAGUAUAAUACCAGUAUACAAACUGAAAGUUCUUCAGACUGAAGCCCUUAUACUUAUCUAUGUCUGCUGAGCCUGUCUAUGUCUUGGUGUUUCCCCAGCAAUAUAAGUAAAUCAUUUUAAAGAUCAAGUCUCUAGAACUGUUGAACUUGGGGGGCAUCUAGCUGUCUCAGCCUUUCCUAUGGCUCCUGCUUUUAGAAAUGGGAAGAUACAUGGUAUCUAAUCCCAUGAUGGCCCUGCUGGACCAGGACCAUUGGGGCUUCUGUAAUUACUACUAAAGGGAGAUAUGUUAGCAUGUGUACAUUCUUGCAUUGACUUUAAGUUCCUGUCUGCCUCCCUGCUCUACUAGUAGACCUGACCCCACCAAAUGCCCAUUGGGUUAGUUGUUGUAGUUACUCUUUAGCUGCUGUGACAAAAACCAUGACCAAAGCAAAAUAUAAAAAAGCAUUUAAUUGGGCUUGCCUUUUGAGAGGGUUAGAGUCCAUGAUGGCAGAACAGCUGAGUUCACAUCUUGAUCUGCAAGUAGGCAAAGAACCCCGGGAAACCCCAAAACUUGCCCCACAGUGCCAUACUUCCUCCAACAAGGCUACACCUUGUAAUUCUUCCCAAAUAGUUCCACUAACUGGGGGCCAAGUAUUCAAUGGCCUAUGGUGGCCAUUCUCAUGUAAACUGCCACAUUCCACUCCCUAGCCUCCAUAGGCUUUGGCCAUCUUAUAAUGCAAAAUGCAUUUAGCCCAACUUGAAAAAUCCUCAUAGUCUUUUAGUUUUGACAUAAUUUAAAAGUCAAGUCAGAGUCUUGUGAAACCACAAUCAAAAGCAAAUUAUAUUCGUAUAAUACACAAUGACCCAGAAUAUACAUCACUGUUCUGAAGAGUUGUAUUCCUGGAAUAGUGAGGAAUUAUGGACCAAAGCAAGACUGAAACCCAGCAGAGCAAAUUCCAAAUCCCGCACCUUUGUGUCUGGUGUCAAAGAGCAUAGAGAAAGCCACCACCCUUCUUGCUUUGCUGACUGCAACGUACCAUCUCUGCUUCCCUUUCUUGUGUGCAGCUCUCCUUGGCAGAUAAUCUACAUUGUCGGGCUCCUCCCUGGGUGGCCUCAGUGGUCUGAACUGUGGAGGAAGGUUCCACAGCCCCUACUCAUGUACCCAGGAGUCUAAAGCAGAGGACACUGCCAGGUUCUGCUGCCUGCUUAGAAGGAGCCUGGCCGCCUUGACUCACACUUGCAGCAAUUGUACUUGGUUGUUGCAUUUUAGGAGCUGAAACUUCCUUGGGCCUUUUCCCUUCACAGUUUGGAAGCUUAACUUAAUUCGGCUAUUUGGAAGUCUCUGUCAAAGAAAUUAGUCUGUUACUUUUCACUUUAAGCUUAGACAGAUUCUUAGGACAAGGGCAGAAGAAGGCAGCCACAUUCUUUGCCAAAACAUCCCAAGAAUAGUCUAUCCCAGCUGCUAAUAAUUGUUAUCUGCUGAAGCCUCUUGAUCUCGGCUUCCACAGACCACAUAGCUUUUGACACUACUGUCUUCCAGGCUUUAACCAUUUUCUUAGUCCAAAGUCCCAGUCUUGCACAUUCCUCCAAAAAGCCACGCGGUCAGGUCUUUCACAGCAGUGGCCCAUUUCCUGGUACCAACUGGUGUCUUGGCUGCUCUUGAGUCGCUGUGAUAGAACACUCCGAGGCAAAGCAUAGAAGAAAGCAUUUACUGGGUUUAUGGUUUCAGAGGGUUAGUUCAUGAUGGCAGCAGCAUCUGAGAGCUUCACAGCUUCAUCUACAAGUAGGAGGCAGAGGAGAACCCCGAGAAUGGCACGGACUUGUGAAACCUCAAAGCCUUCGCCUGUGGCACACCUCUCCCAACAAGGCCUUCCCAAAUAGUUCCUCCAACUGGGGACUGAAAACCAAACAGCCUGUGGAGGCCAUUCUCAUUCAAACCACCAGUUUGCAAAGGAGCGCUUUCCUAGCUGGAUCCUGACAUUCUUCCCAGUUGAUAAUUUCACUAGGUGUAGCAAACUUAGUAGGAUUUUCCUUUCCUUGGUGGCCAAGUCCUUGAUAGUCCAGAGCUUCUGCCAGUAUUAACAAUCCUAUAACUCCUGUUUGCCUUGAUGUGCAGGCUCUUUGAGAGACUGAUAAUAACAGACAUCUUUAUCCACAUCUCCAUGGUGGUGACAGUAACAGGAGCGUAAAGGUGAACACAGAUGUCAUCAGUCACAACCCCUGCUUCAGAACAGGCUAUGAUGUAUCCAACCCUGGACUCCAGUCAUUUCCUAGGCAGGACUUUGACCUCCUGAGUGGAAUUGGGUCUUUAAGAUUUUCAAUUCUAAGCACUGUAUUCAAAAUAGAAUGUGUUAAAGGAAGUCACUUUACUCCAUUCUGAUGCUCCUCUUUUGGGGCAGGGUCUUGCUGUUGAGCUAUGACUGGCCCGGGCCUCACCCUAUAUCUCAGGCUGGCCCCAACCUUGCAGUGAUCUUCCUGCUUUUGCCUCUGGAGUGCUGGGGUUAUAGGCAUGUGCUGGCUAAAUUUCUUACUUGGGUUGUCAUUUAAAUUAGUAUUUGUGAUGAUGCUAUUUUUGACAGGAAGUGCAGAGCAGAGAUGAUAGGUUAGAACAGUCUCCUCACUGUGACUAUAUUCCUUACCCAGGACUCCGUGGUUGUUGGUAUGCUUCUGUAUUUACUACUUUGUCAGACUAGAAGUUGAGACCACGCUUUCACACAGGCGGUACUGCCUCCCCGGCCCCUCUAGGAUGCCCUAGAUUUCCCAGUGAGGGCUGCUACUGGGGGAUCAGAGCAGCCAGUCCAGCCUCCUAACUGCCACAGAAUUGUGUAAUAGCACGUUUUACUGCCAAGCAUUUAUGAUUGUGUGAUAUAUAUAUAUAUAUAUGUAUAUAUAUAUAUAUAUUCAUUAUUUAUGUAUAUUUAGAUGUGAUACUCUGUAUGGUUUGGAAGAAUUUAUUCUGAAAGCCAGGAUUGCUUGUAACAUUUGUAUGUCAGUUCAAUGUAAUGGUUCCCUUGAAAAGUCACGAUUGUGAAAUUGGUGAAUGUUCCCAGUCCCUAAUGUUACCCGUUUGGUUCUUGUUAGACAGGCAGACACUUUUCGGCCUAGCUGUCUGGCAGUGUUUUUGUUUGGUUGGUUCUAUUCCCGUGAUGUUCUGUGAACUUACCUAACGUGGCUUUAGAUACUGUGACCGUUGUUUUUCCUUUUAGCCUAAAUUGUUGCUGAAGCCUAAAGACUAUUUUCUGAUGCCUGCAACUAUUCAUGUAUAUGUAUAAUAUCUAGAUUGAUGCUACCCUUUGCUAAAAAAUCUUUAGAUAAAGAAUUAGCUGUUUAGAAUCUGCACUAAAAAGAUAAACCCGGAAGCUGUCCUCUGUGCCAAAAGUAAAGUGUACAAUGUUUACAGAUGGGUGGAAAUUUGCACUGCCAUAGGGAAUGGUGAUGUUAUAUCACCAGAUUCCUUAGACUUAUGAGUAGACAGUUGCAGUAAAGCUUAUGAGAGGAGGAACUAGUGAGCCCUCUUAGGCUGAACUGGAACUGAGUAUCUGAGACCCAUGGUUAAAGUGACUCCCUAGCCCUAGCUUGGGAUAGUUUCCUGUCUGUUUGGAGAUGUUCUUCCUGUCGACAGCACUUGGUUGUCUGCAGUUAUGUGCUUCCUUUAGGGGAGCUGCCAGCUCUCCCUCCUGUGGGAGAAUGUCUUCUAGGCAUUUUGAGAUCUUUUGAUGUAAUAAAUGUGCAAUCCCAAGUCAUGCCAUUAUUGGUAAAGAAACUUACUAUAAAUUAUUUCUAUCUUCCCUCAGUAGCUUUUUUUUUUUUUUUUUUUUUU